CUUAAACAGUCAAUUUUAAAAAAUUUUAAAUUUACUAGAUUCAACAAAACACUUUUUAAAUAUGGUCGCAAUUUUAAGAAUUUGUUAUGGGCCUUUUGACGCUUUUGGAGUUAUGUCCCACAGAAUUCAGAAGAUUAGAGGUCUUUUAAAAGCUUUAAAUGAAGAAGGCUAUGUCGUACAAGUCUAUAAAAUAGAUCUUCUUAACAUGUUACAAGUAAUAUUGUUUAACAGAAUAAUAUUUCAGUGCGAUGUACGAAAUCUUAAAUUCAACAUGGAUUACGAAGAUGAUAAUGUAUGUAAGAUAGCAGUCAGUGCUAUAAAGGAAGCUAUACUUAGAAUGAUGACUAAAGUUCAGUUGUCCAGUUAUGUUAUGGCUAAAAAAGAAAUAAGAAGCAAAGAUGUUAAUAAUACUGGAAGUAAAGAGAAAACUAAAAGUAAUUUUUCAUUUAGAAAAAUGUGUGAAAUUAAUAAUCAAGAUCUUUUAGAUAUAAAAAAAGACUCAAUAUAAAAAGAAUCAAAUGUAACUACCAGAAAGCCUGUAAGAAAUAAUAGUUACGAGAAACUAAUUAAAAUAAAUAUUUGUUUAAAAAUUGA